AUGGUCCAAUUCAGCACUUCCGUCGUCGUCGCUGCCCUCCUUACCGCCCCCGCGCUCGCUGCGCCUAUGGUUAGCCACGAACACCACGCCCACCCUGGCGUCAGCCACAUCGCUCGCCGCGAACCCCGCUCCCGCGCCGCUUUGAGGCAGCAGGAGGCGAGGGACCUCGAGGACAUGGGGGAUUUGCUUGCCCGGUUCCAUGGUAUGGGCCACGGCGGUAUGAAGAGACUCCAUGCCCGCGACGACAAGAAGAAGGACGAGCAUAAGAAAGACGACAAGGAAAAAGACAAUAAGAAGAAGGACGAUAAGAAGAAGGACGAUAAGAAGAAGGACGAUAAGAAGGACGAGCACAAGAAGGACGACAAGAAGAAGCAUGAGCACAAAAAGGACGCGAAGAAGGACGAACACAAAAAGGACGACAAGAAGAAGCAUGAAAAGAAGGACGACAAGAAGAAAGAGGAGCACAAGAAGGACGAGCACAAGAAAGACGAACACAAGAAGGAAGAGCCCAAGCAAGACGCACACAAGGAGACUGAGCACUCGCCGGCGGUCGAGCACCAACAAGCCACUGAAGCGCUCGAGACUCCGGAGCCGACCGCUGAGGCUGAGGAAACCCCCGUUCCCGAGGCUCAGGAGGAGGCACCUGCCACCACCGAUGAGCCUGCCGCACCCCAGCUUGAAGGGCGCGCACGCAUUCGUGGCAGCAUUGGUGCCCACCCUCACCUCUCGGGCAUGAAGGAUUACCCCACACGCGAAUACGCCGACCUCAAAGCCCGCGGUCAGAGAGGUCGCGGGUCGCUACAGGCUGGCGGACUCGCUCAAGUAUUCAGGCGCGAGCUCUACGACGUAGAACAGUUCUCCGCCCGUGACUGGGAGGAGCUCGAGGAACUCACGGCGCGUUCUCCCUUCCUCGGCAAGGUCGUUCGCAAGGUCAAGGGUAUCUUCAAAGGAAAGGGUGCUGCUAAGGGUGCUCAGGCUGGUGCCGAGGUCCAUGCGGCGACCCAGCCUGCUGAGCGCGACCUGGAGAGCGUCGAGGAGCUUGCCCGACGUGCUUACUUCGACUCGGAGUUCGACGAGCUCGACUGA